AUGGGGGGUGGGAGCAACUCCGGCAAGCCUGGCGCGUCAGAGGCGUUGAGCCUCGUGUUCCGCAUCGCGACGGUGGGGCUGUCGCUGGCGUCGGCGAUCACGACGGCGGCCUCGACGCAGAGCCAGUGCGUCCACGAGGACUGCAACGGCGAGGCGACCGCCACCGUCUCCUUCGGCAACUACAACUCCUUCAAGUAUUCGGCGCUGGCCGACCUGCUGUCGGCGGUGCUGCAGGGCGUGGCGAUCUGCCUGGAGGUGGCGAGGAAGGAGAAGGCAGCCAAGGUCGUGGAGCUCAUCGACAAGCUCCUAAUGGCGCUCACGUCGACGUCAGCGGCGCUGCUGCUGGCCGUCGACGACAUCACCUCCUGCGGGUCACCUCGCGGUGGCGGGCGCCGGCGCAGCAGACGCUUCUGCACCCAGGCCGGCAGGUUCUGCGGGAAGAUCCGAGCGUCGUCGGCCUUGUCCCUCGUCGCCGCCGUUUCCGUUUCCGUCACCGUCUACACCAGGCACAUCCCCGUAAGUUUUACGCUUAAUCCACGGACUUCGACCUCAGCCGCGGGAAUACCAAAGAAUGGAGGCACAACAGCACCGCCACCAAAGAAUGGAGGCACAACAGCACCGCCACCAAAGAAUGGAGGCACAACAGCACCUACCCGAACCAAGUGUGGAGAAGAACAACCGUCCUGCACAGAAAUUGGGACCCCACCAUGCUGCGGAUGCCCGACGUUGACGAUCCCGCAAGGCUGCGAGAUCGCCGAGCGGGUGGUGUCCCCGCCGUGCUGCGGAUGCCCGAGGCGGACGAUCCCGCAAGGCUGCCAGAACCCUGAGCCAUGCGGCGCAUUGUGUGUUUAUGCCCAUGAAUAA